UGCAGCCGGCGCGCCACGCCCCGCGCGCACGGAGCCCGGGAGACCGCGAGGAUGCUGGCCCGGGGGCCGCGCGCCGACACCCACCCCGGCUGCUUCGGGGGCAGCAGGACGCCGCUCCCUGGCACCAGGCUCUGAGGCACAGCUGCGGCUGCGUCUUCGCGUCCAUCCCGGCGGGUCUACACCGCAGACGCGCGCGCUGCUGCAUCCCCGGCCCCUGCAGAUCGGGCCCCCCCCGCCUCGCGGCCCCAGGAUGGACAUGAACAUGACGCGCCCGGACAACGCCACGCUGCAGAUGCUGCGGGACCGGGCCAUCGCGGUGGUGCUGCCGGCGGUGUACUCGCUGGUGGCCCUGGUGAGCAUCCCCGGCAACGUGUUCGCCCUGUGGGUGCUGUGCCGGCACAUCGGCCCCAAGACGCCCUCGGUCAUCUUCAUGAUCAACCUGAGCGUGACGGACCUGAUGCUGGCCUGCGUGCUGCCCUUCCAGAUCUACUACCACUGCAACGGCAACCACUGGGUGUUCGGCCGGGUGCUGUGCAACGUGGUGACCGUGGCCUUCUACGCCAACAUGUACUCCUCCAUCCUCACCAUGACCUGCAUCAGCGUCGACCGCUUCCUGGGCGUCGUGUACCCGCUGGCCUCCGCCCGCUGGCGCCGCCGCCGCUACGCCGUGGCCGCCUGCGCCGGCCUGUGGCUGCUGCUGCUGGCGGCCCUGUCUCCGCUGGCCCGCACGGACCUCACCUACACCGUGGACGCGCUGGGCAUCGUCACCUGCUUCGACGUGCUCAAGUCCACCAUGCUGCCCAGCGUGGCCAUGUGGGCCCUGUUCCUCUUCACCCUCUUCCUCGUGCUCUUCCUCCUGCCCUUCGUGGUCACCGUGGCCUGCUACACGGCCACCAUCCUCACGCUGCUGCGCGCGGCCGACGGCCGCGGCGAGGCGCAGAGGCGGCGGGCCGUGGGCCUGGCGGCCGUGGUGCUCCUGGCCUUCGUCACCUGCUUCGCGCCCAACAACUUCGUGCUGCUGCUGCACAUGGUCAGCCGGCUCUUCUUCGGCCGCAGCUACUACCACGUCUACAAGCUCACGCUCUGCCUCAGCUGCCUCAACAACUGCCUGGACCCCUUCGUCUACUACUUCGCCUCCCGCGAGUUCCAGCUCCGCCUGCGGGACUACCUGGGCUACGGGCCGCUGCCCGCCGACAGCCCCGACGGCCGCCGCGAGAGCCUCUUCUCCGGGCGCACGCUGUCCGCCCGCUCCGUGGACGGGCUGGAGGCGGCCGGCCGGCCCGGCCUCAAGCGGCAGGAGAGCGUGUUCUGA